AUGUCAUUGGUCAGAGUGAAUCGCUUUGGUCCCCGGGGAGGUGGAAGAAAAACUCUAAAAGUAAAGAAGAAAGCCACAGCAAGGCAAGAAUGGGAUAAUACUGUGAAUGAUCUAACAGUGCACCGGGCAACUCCUGAAGAUCUAGUGCGCCGUCAUGAGAUACACAAGUCAAAGAAUAGAGCAUUGGUGCACUGGGAGCUUCAAGAAAAAGCUUUGAAGAGAAAAUGGAAGAAGCAGAGACCAGAAACUUCAAGUCUUGAAAAAAGAAGAUUAUCUAUCAUGAGGGAGAUUCUUUCUGAUCAGUACCAGACACAGGAUGCGCUGGAGAAGUCCGAUCAUCUGAUGGCUGCCACCAAAGGUCUGUUUGUUGAUGUUCCUCGUAAGCGCACAGGGUUUCCAAAUGUAACAAUGGCUCCAGAUUCCUCUCAGAGUCCCAUUGGAAUAAAUCAAGAUCCUGGCACCCAGUCCACCCUUAAUGAAUCUCUCAUAGAGCCUCAGGCUCUUAAUGAAGUGGAUGAUGAAGAAGAGAGCACUGUUCACAGCCAGUCAGAUGACAGCGAGAGUGAGCUGCCUAACUCCCUCAGCUCACAGUCUAACAGGACCACAGAGAGGUUUCUACACCAACUAAAGGAAGAGAAUUCUGAGUUAAUCAAUCAAUUGUGGACUGAUAUUCAGCAGAAAAUAGCUACCCAGUCGCAGAGGACCCCUCCAGGAACUCCAUCCUUGGUGUUCUCAGCAGAGGAACAGAAAGCUGCUCUGAAUGCGACCGAUGCUGUCAAGAGAAUCCAGGCUGGGCUUCAGCCCGAGGAGUCUGCUGAGACUGCGGACUCCAGCUAUGUGGUGAAACAAGUGCUCAACUCAAGGAAGCAAAAGCAGCCGUUAAAUAAAGUGAAAAAAAAACCAGAUAUGCGCGCUCCUUCCAAGCAGAAGAAAAACAUGUUAUCCGCUAGCACAACCUCUGCAGACUUACCGAGUAGCAACACCUCCAGCUUGGAUGUCCUCAAACACAUGAUCCAUGAAGUGGAACAUGAGAUGGAGGAGUAUGAGCGGUGGACGGGCCGUGAGGUCAAGGGACUGCAGGGUGGUCAGGGGCUCACAGGCUUCACUCUGUCACUGGUGAGCUCUCUCUGCCGCCUGGUUCGGUACCUUAAGGAGAGUGAAAUUCAACUGAGGAAAGAAGUAGAGACAAGGCGGCAGCUGGAACAGUCGUUAGGUGAUCACCGAGAGCUCAUCGAUGCUCUGACAGCUGAAAUUCUUCUCCUCAGAGAAGAACAUAGUACCAUGCAGGCGAGACUUCAGCAGUACAUGGUCACUACGGAUGAGCAGCUUAUAUCACUCACACAUGCCAUUAAGAACUGUCCUGUAAUAAAUAACUCCAGACAAGAGAGUCAAGCAUCAGAAAGGACAACUAUGGGUAGAAGACUUAUGGAUAAUGUAGAGGUCCCUGUUGUAAGCAGUAAUGUCUCCAUGCCAUUGAUGUUCAGAGGGGAAGAAGCCAUUGAAUUUCCACAGGAAGAGUUGCCUGUUAAACUAUCACAGGGACCAGCCUCUACAGAGAACUUGAAUCUGGCCAAUAAUUUCCCAACACAUAUUUUCGAGCCAGCUGUGAUGUUAACACCACCCAGGCAGAAGAGCAACUCAGAAUUCUCUCCUCUACAGGAUGUAUUGAGAAGAACUGUUCAGACCCGUCCUGCUCCCCGAAUCCCUCCCACUGUGGAAGUCAUAGAGAAAGAACAGACCUGGGAAAAAAAGACCUUGCCCGAUGAACCCGACAUUCAGAACUCAAGUGAGGAAAACCGCCUCUUCACUCAGAGGUGGAGAGUUUCUCACAUGGGAGAAGAUCUGGAGAACAAAUCCCAGACACAGUUUGUUAACCUGUUGCAGCCCCCUUGCACUUCCCUUCCUCCCCCUCAGCAGUCAAGAACUCCUAAUUUCUCAGAAGAGCCCCCAGUACUUGGAGAUGGGAAGCAGCGUAGAACAAAUGAGGCACUGUUACAAAGGAAGGACAUAAUGGCGCGGAUUGCUGAGCUGACACUGCAGAAUUCAGCCAUCAAGGCACACCUGAAUAAUGUUACCGGGUCAGUGGUAGAGCAAGGGGAUGGACCUCGGGAGCCAAGCAAACCGGGAAGUGUCUGUGACAUGACUGCUACUUUUCCAGGAGUUCAAUCUCCAGCGCCAAGUAGCAUGGAGGAACGGAUUGCAGAGUUGAACCGACAGAGCAUGGAGGCCCGCAGCAAACUGCUGCAGCUGAUAGAGCAGCAGAAACUUGUUGGUUUGAACCUUUCCUCUUCACCAGUGUCUCCUGUUCCGUCCCCUCUCAGAGCAUGGACCGAAGAAGGAAAGCGAACCAUCGAGGUGUCUGUCCCAGGAGUGGAGGCUCCAGAGAGUUCGAAAGGCAGUACUGUCUCUCCUGUCAGCGGGAACAGUUCAAGAAGAUCUUCAGGGGCUGCUAGUAAUUCUUGUUCUCCACUAAAUGCCACCUCCGGAAGUGGGCGAUUCACACCUGUUAAUCCAAGAACAAAGACUGAAAGGCAGAAUGAAGAAGGCUGGUUCGCGCUUUCUACCCACAUGUCAUAGGAGACGUUAAAUCAGAGAGUGUCCUCAGUGACUUAUUCCCACCUUCUCUUCCCUCUUCGUGGAUCCUCUUUUCAAGUUGUGACUUUUUCUUCAGAUGAAACCUACAAAGAUUUCCUGUAUUAAUGGAAACAAGGAAAAGAAAAUUAUUUUAAUAUUUUACCUUUUCAAAUAGGUUUUUCAAAAUAGCAUCUAACCUGUGAAUUCCCUGUGAAUAAAACUUUGACUGUAGGAAAAUUUAAGUUUUAUAUUUGAUUAACCUUGUUAAACUUUUUAGUAAUAUAUUGUUACCCUUGUCAUUGCUGUUGAGGGUUUUAUUUUUGUUACUGUUUACUGCUUCUUAAAUGUGGAUCAACUUUGCAGAAGAACUAAAUAGCUUUAUGUAUGACUUAGAAUAAAAUUUUUUCUGGCUUUCAGAAACAUGUGGUACUUUGUUUUCUGCUAUUCAUCACUCCAAACUGAAUGUAUUGGAAAACAAAGUCUGGGGCUGUGGUGUCUACUUAUUCAGAAACUUGAGGCAGGAGGUUCUUUAGUAAAUAACGAGUUCCACAUCAGCCUGAGCUGUGUAGAGAACCCUGUUUCAACAAAAGAACAGGAGAUGGGCAUAAGAAUGUUUAUUUUCUUAUGCAAGUAAAAGUGGCUAUAUGUUUAAUAAAAAUUUUCAUGCAGUUUUUAAGUGUGAAAUUAUCAAAAAUUAUCAUGUACAUCUAAUAAAUAAGGAUAUCAACCAUAAUGUUCAAAUGUCUAAAUGCAGUCUAUUAAUUUAAUGAUGUUAGAAAAAGAAAUACAAAAAUUGUUCACAAUUUUCCUUGCCCUAAAUCACCCAGAAUGGAUUUUCUUUCAUGAACUGA